CGUUACGCGUAAACAAGUCCUUCGAGGGAUGAAAGUUCAUAAACAAUGUACUUUUGGUAUAAACAAAUGGUGAUAUAAGGUGCCUUGCUACUUAAUGCGGACGUUUGUUUAAGAAUUUCACCAGAAUAUGGAUUUGUUUCUGUGAAAAAUAUUAAUUCCAAAGAUUCGAAUACCUGCUCAGUGCUUCGGCGUUGUUAGCGUUGAUUUUCGUAUAUGCAAAGUUUGUUCAUAAAAAAAUAAUAGAAAUGGCGGCAGAACCUAUCGCGGUGCGAAUUGCACGAAUGAACAAUAUGUUAUUGUACAAAACUGCGACGCAAUCUUCCACGACCACCACUGGGAAGCUCCUCGUCAGGGAAGGCCUCCUGGAUGCUUUCACGGUUUUGUACGAAGAAUGCAGUAAUGAGUAUCUAAAGAGAGACAGAAAUGUUGCGAGGUUUCUCGAAAAGUAUGAACACGUGAUGGCUGAGAUACGCAGACUCCGAGUUAAUCUUUCCGAUUUUGAAGUGAAGAAGUUAAUCGGUAGGGGUCAUUUCGGAGAAGUACAAUUGGUUAGGGAGAAACAAACGGGAGAUAUUUAUGCAAUGAAGACUCUGCGGAAGAUCGAAGCUUUGAAACAGGAUACUUUUGCUUUAUACGAGGAAGAGCGCAACAUAAUGGCCGAAGCAAUGUCGUCGUGGCUCACUAAGCUACAAUAUGCCUUCCAAGAUAAUAACACUCUUUACUUGGUUAUGGAGUUUCAUCCCGGAGGUGAUCUCGCAGCUCUGCUAGAUAGAAACGAUGGUUCCUUGGGAGAAGACAUGUCCCGAUUUUAUUUAGCAGAGUUGACUUUAGCUAUACAUGCUUUGCAUCUAAUGGGGUAUGCGCAUCGUGACGUAAAGCCUGAAAAUGUUCUCCUGGACAGGCUUGGUCAUGUAAAACUUGCUGAUUUCGGUUCCGCUGCUAAACUGGGCAACCAGGGUUUAAUUUCGAGCCAGAUGCCAGUGGGAACUCCGGAAUAUAUUGCCCCUGAGGUAUUGCGCUCUAUGGAAGGUGCUUCCAAAAAUAAGAGACUGUCUUCAUAUGGCAAGGAAUGCGAUUUUUGGUCUCUUGGUAUCAUAGCGUUCGAAAUGGUUUAUGGAAGAACUCCUUUCGCUGGGGAUCAGUUACUGGAAACGUACUGUAAUAUAAUGAACCACAAGAAAAACUUGGCUUUCCCUGAAAGUGGGAGCACAACGUUCAGGAAUUUUGUGCGACGUUUACUGGAAGAUGCCAACGCAAGAUUGACUCAUGAACAGAUAUUGCAACAUUCAUUUUUCUCCAAUAUCAAUUGGAGUAAUAUUAGGAAUAAGGCUCCGCCAAUAGUGCCUUUGGUCAGCAGUGCUGACGAUACUUCAAACUUUAUGCCUGUCGACACGUCGGAUUCGCGUUCUCCGAGUUUGGAGUUCCAUCACACAUCCAAAGAUUUUUCUGGUAGGAAUUUACCUUUUGUUGGAUUCACUUUCGUAAAGCAGAUGUCGACUCAGUAUGAGAAGGUGUCGAAGGAGAAGGUCGAACUGGAGGUUCAGCUGGAGAACAAGAAGAGGGAGCUUCAGGAACAUCAAAAGAAAAUGCUCGAACUUCAAGACAAGUCUAGCGUUAGUUCUAAAGUGACCAGCACUCUGGAGUGUCGAUUGGAUGAGAAGUCGAAGCGACUAGAGGCUUCCAAUAAAGAAAGGGACCGGCUGGAGCGAGAACUGGCUUCGGCAAGGUCGGAUUUAGCUGGAGUCAAGAGAACUUUAGAAUUGGAGCGGCAGGAAAGAAGAGAGCUGGAGACUCGGGCGCUUGAUUUAAUAAAAGGAGCGAAAAGAAAAUGGGAGACUGCGGAGAAAGAGAAGAUUGCUCAACUAAAUAAACAUUUAGAGGCGCAGACAGUAAGGAUCACGGAAUUGUGUACUAGCAAUAACGAAAUGAGUUCUCGUCUCCAACGAGCAGAGUGUGAACUCGAGACUGCUAAUGCGGAACUACACAAAUUGAGAGUAUUCCAGGUACAAUAUAAAGAAUCGCUAGCGAAAACAAGGGAACUCAGUCGGCAAAGUGUUCAAGGAGUGGAAAGCAAGCUCGAAGAAAUUGCUUGUCGUUCCCACAAUCAGCUGGCUGAGUUACGAGCCAAGUUGGAGUUGGAGAUGGCGAAGAAUGCUGAUUUGGAGACGAAGCUACGCAAUGAGCAAGAUUCGAAUCACUGUCGCCAGUCAAGACUCAAUGUCGCUUUUGAACUAUCGCAGAGUGAACUGAAGGACUGUCAGGAACAGCUGCGUAGCCUGCAAGCUACAAUUCCAGUUCGGGAGGGUGAAAUAGAAACUUUGAGGAACCAGUUGAAAGAGAGAUCGAAACAGCUGGACUGUGCCAGCGUGGCAGAGCAAACAGUCAUGACUCUUCAGGAACAAAUCGACAGACUGAAACUCGAAAAUACAAACUUGAAGGAACAAUUAGACGCUGCCAAAUCAGACCUCAGUGAGACCAUGUCAAAUCUAGAGCACAGUGAAAGCCUCGCUUUGAAUUUGGAGCAAGCAACAAUGGACCGGACUGUUUUACAACAAAGAUUGCAACGUUCCCUCGAUAAAGAAGAGGAGCAGCUCCGUAAAGUUGGAGACUUGGAAGAAUUGUUACGACGCCUUGAACAAAGCGUGUCUAAGCUCGAAGCCGAAAACGCGAGUUUGAAACAGUCUGACAAGGCACGGCCCAGUUCGAGUAGGCACUCCAAUCAGAAGGAAAUCGCUGAUAAGACGGCAUUCUUGGAGCAGCAGAUCAAAAAGCUGGAGCAGCAGUUGGAAACAUCCAGGGAAAACGCAGCGGCCGAGCGGCAAGCUGCCAAACAGGCUCAGAGUAAUCUCUGGAAGAAGGAGAAGGAAGUGUCUGACGCGAAUCUGGAUAAGAGGAUCGCCCUAAGGGAGGCCAAAACAGCCGAGGAGAAGGCGAAGACGCUGCAGGAGGAGAAGCAGAAAUUAUCGGAGCAGCUGAAUAAUAAAAUCAAGAGUGAAGAGGAGCGAUCAAAGAAACUCCUCAAGGAGCUGGACAGCGCGAAAGCGUCGUUGGUUGAGGUCACCAAGGAGUCGUCUAGGUACAAAUCGCAAGCCGAGUCUGCUCAGAAGGCACUGACCCAGAUCAACAAACAGAUAGAGGAGUUGCAGUCCUCCAGCGCGUCUCUUCGCAGAGAGCUGGACGCGACUCGCAAACAGCUCCGGACAAGUCAGGAUUGCGUGGACAGCUUGAAUGCCGAGAACAAGCGGUUGAAUUCUACGAUAGCGAGACGCAACGAGGAGAAAUCCGAUUUGGAGUCGAGGGUCGAGAAGCUGGAGCAAGAGGCAAAGGGCUACGAGGUGAACAUUGAGUUGCUGAAGGAGACCUGCACGGUUCUCGAGGAGCAGCUCACAGAUUAUGAAAGACUGACGAGCGACCAUGAGACGCGGGAGAACACGUUGAUCCAGGACAAGAUGAAGCUCCAGAAGGAUCUGGAAGCGGUGGAGCUGAAGUUGAGGGAAGCAAAGGUCGCCCAGAACGAGGAGAAGACGCUGCGGUUGAUAGCUGAGCGAGCGAUAGAAAGGCUGGAGUCGGAAACGAGCGACAUCGAAGGCGAGCGGGAUGGCCUGAUGAACCAGAGAGACCAGUACAAGAAACUCACCCAGGAACUGAGCAAGCAGGUUGCGGAACUGACUGCGAAAUGUGGCGAGCUGGAGUGCGACCUCUCCGAGACGCAGCGAGCCCUGGAGACGGCCAGGGCGGAGUCCAGGAUCGUCAAGGAAGAGAGUACUCAGCACUUGACCAGGCUCCACGAAUUAAAGGAGGCGAAUUUUGGCCUGAUGGCGGAUCUGCAAGCCAACGUCGACCUGAGCCAGGAGCUCAGGGCCAGGAUCUCCGAGCUGGAGAGCGUCCUGGAAGAGAUGAGACAGUUCUACCAGGAGAGGGAGGUCAAGGCUGAGGGCACCCGCCAACAGCAGACCAAGCUGAUAGACUACCUCCAGUCCAAGCUGGAGGAGAUCACCAAGAAGAAGAAGACCGUCUGCGACAAGAUCUUCGGGUCCAAGCAGAAGGAGAACGUGCCUCCGGUUACCACCGGCUUGCCCGUGGGGUACAGGGAGCUGGAGAACCAGCUGGCCAAGGAGAGGGCGAAGGUGAAGGCGUUGACGGAACAGCUGCUGAUCCUUAAAGCUGCCCAGGCGACCGCUCCGAUUCCUUCUUGCCCUGCCAGCCCCGAGACAAAGAACGCCUUGAGUUAUCUCCCGGAGUCCCCGACCGAAACCAUGACCAGGCGACCUUCCGUUCAUAGGAUGCGACAUAAUAUUCCUCACAGGUUUAAUGUCAGCCUCCCGAUGCGCGCUGGAAAGUGCGCAGCUUGCUCCGAGUCCAUUCAGUUCGGCAAACGCGCCGCUAUUUGCAGCGAAUGCCAGAUUAUGACGCACCUUAAGUGCUCGCCGAAUGUCCCCGCCACCUGUGGACUUCCUGGGGGAUUCGCUGAACAUUUCGCUAAGACCUGGAAACUCAGCAACGAGAGUAUCUCCAGCUUGGCCGACAGCGUGCAGACGCUGGCUCUCGAUCAGCCUGAUAAGCCGGAUGCGGUGGAGUCCGAUGUUAAAUCGAAGGACUGCACGGGGAAGGUCUCGAUGGAGGGCUGGGUCAAGGUACCAGGUCGAGCGAAGGCUUGUUGGGAGAGGAAGUACCUUCGCCUGGAAGGUUCUUCUUUAAGUAUUUACGAGCAUCAACCGAGCUCCGGGAUGGCACCGAUGAGCAGAUUAGAUCUCGACGAAAGCGGCGGCUUCAAGGUCAUCGAGACGCUCCACCAAACCGAUGUAAAUGGGACCGCGAAGUCGGACUUGCCGUUCGUCCUCAGGGUGGAACCUAUCUCCUCCACGACUUGUUGGCCCUCUUCGAGGCUAGACAUCAUGACCUUGAGUCAGGCUGACAAGAAGAAUUGGCUGAAGACUUUGAGGGCGGUCACUCGUCAGGACGCACCGGAGAAGCCUGCUAGAUAUGAAAAAUAUCAGACCGUACUCAGGCUAGACAAACACCGAGUGGACCUGAACUGCGUGGUGGAGUUGGAGCAGGAGGGUGUUCUUCUGCUGGGCGCUGAGGAGGGAUUAUUUUCAUACAAAGGGUCGCAGUCCCAGACUUUGACCGCGAUUCGAGGAGUCAAAAGGGUCCACCAACUUUCUCUGCAUCCUCAGCUGAGUUUGGCGCUGAUGAUCGCUGGACAGGAUCGACUCCUCGUUUCCUGCGAUUUGAGACUUCUGAAAAGUAACGCACUGGCUGCCGCUUGCUCGAGACCUGCUAUAAGUACGCAGCCUAUUCUUACUGGUAACGAGAGUUGCCACCUGUACCAGGUACAAGGAGACAUGCUGUGUGCCGCAACUGCGACGCACGUUAUAUUGUUGAAGUGGAUGACCAGCCAGGAUUCCGGCGAGUUCAUUGCAGUGCGUGAACUGGAGACCCAGGAACCCUGCAGCUGUGCCAUAUUCACGGAUAACGUUGUCAUCGUUGGAUGCAACAAAUUCUUCCAGAUCGACUUGAAAAACUACUGCAUCGACGAAUUUCCUGACGAGGACGACAGCUCGGUGAAGGCUGCCAUAACCGGUGUUGCAAGACUUGGAAUAUUCCCAGUUUGCGUGUUAAAUGUCUCCUUAACGUCGAAUUCGGUCGAACUAUUGUUGUGCUACAAUGAAUUCGGCGUGUUUGUCAAUGAAAGUGGACAAAGGACACGGAACAUUGAUCCCACAUGGAGUCACUUGCCUUUUGCCUUCGCUUUCCGGAGACCGUACCUGUUCAUCGUUCACUUCUCUUCUGUGGAGAUCGUCAAGUUAACCCAGGAUACGUACAAGUCGGAGUCUAGGGACCCUGAAAGGAUUCUGAUAGACCUGAACAAUCCUAGAUUUUUGGGACUGGCUGGUCCUAGGGGAAUUUACGUCUCCGCUAUGAAUAAUAUCCUGGAAGUGCUGAAAGUCGAGGGGCCUCCUACGUCCAACUUGGACGACAGUUUGGGCAGCCUGGAUACCCUGGCUCAGGAAGACGACAGCAGCUCAGAGUUCAGUUUCACCUCGAGCUUGAUGGAAGCGCUGGAUGGCCAAGGCAAAAGGGUACAUUUUGCGAAACACUGAAUAUUUAUUUAACUUAAGUGUGGGAACCGGGAGGAAAGUUCCUCCGCCAAUUUUCAAUUGGUACAAGAGGCUCGACAAGUAUUUCCCACGUAAUGGGAUCCAAGAAAUUCCUUAUUUUCUGUUUAUUUACACGCGUUAUGUAGAGGUGGUCUCAGAACUCCUGGACAUUUCUUCUUGCCGUAUCUUUAGACUCCUGAGAGGAGAUCCCUCGCAUUUAAAGGAGAAACGGGCUCAUCCAUUUCGUGUAUAUUUUUAGUUCUACCUUCCGUAAUCUAGUGAUAACUGUAAAGACAAUGGAGGAGGUCAGUUUACCUGUGUUCGUCGAGGGUAUGCGAAGAUAUACUUUUAUCUUCCACGUGGAGAUCUGUAUUUUUCGCCCUGGCGUAUUGAUAUUGUAAUUAGUUAUUACGAAUCGGCUGGACGGUGCCUCUCACCGGAAACUAUGCGAGAUAAAUAAUAUAUUUUCGACGUUCUUACACGUUUUAUACUUUUGUCAUUUUUCACGGCCUCCCGACGACGCGUCGUCGGGGUUAAUAAAGUCGACGAAGCAGAA